GACUUCUCGAAGCUGCCUGCGUACGCAUGCUCCAACAUGCCAGACAUCAUCAACUGACCUGCGUCAGAUAGCAUUGAAUCCCUUUUAUCGCCCCAACGAUGCCCUACGCUUAAUCUGGGCUUCGUAUGGUUUAUUGCUUUUGAUUGCGCAGAUCCGCUGGAUCUCUCGCUGUGAACCUGGCUGUCGGCGCGGACUGAUAGUUUAGAAGCAACUUAUUAGCGGGCUAAAAACAGCGUUUCCUCCUCUCGCUCCCAGAUUGAGAAACGAAUUCAUCAUGCAAUUAAGGAAACAGACCCGGGCGAAGGCGACGCUCGUCGCGUCGCUGCUGGCCGCGCCCCAGCUCGCCUCCGCCUUCUACCUCCCCGGCGUCGCGCCCACUUCGUACAAGCCAGACGACCUCGUACCGCUCUAUGUCAACACGAUUCGACCAGCACCCGGCCCCGAUGCUUUACUGCACUCGCCCUUCUCCUACGACUACUACCACCCACUCUUCCGGUUCUGCGAACCCAAAGACGGCGCCCAGAGCGUCGGUGAGAGCCUUGGGAGCAUUUUGUUCGGGGAUAGGAUAAAGACGUCGCCGUUCGAGCUCAAGAUGAAGCACAACGAGACGUGCAAGAAGCUCUGCGACGGCCCAGUCAAGUACCGCAAGGGGGCUAGCUUCUUCGUAAAUCGGCGCAUCACCGAGGGUGCCAGCCUCAACUGGCUCGUCGACGGCCUCCCAGCCGGCCAGAUCGUUGACGAGAACACCGACACCGAGUACUACAACCCGGGCUUCCCCUUGGGCCAGGAGCUGGCUGACGGCCAGCCGUCGUUCAACAACCACUACGACAUCACCAUCGACUACCACGAGGUCAACGGGAACCCGGACCAGCUCCGCGUCGUCGGCGUCAUUGUCGAGCCCAGGUCCAAGAAAUACUCAGGCGACGUCGGUCCGGACACAUGCAAGUCCGCUCUCGACCCCAUCGUGCUCAACGAGAAGACCGACGACAACGACGUGACCUUCACGUACAGCGUGUCCUGGGUCCCGUCGCCCACCGCCUGGGCGACGAGAUGGGACAAGUACCUCCACGUCAUCGACCCCAAGAUCCACUGGUUCUCCCUCGUCAACUCGGCCUUCAUCGUCGUCUUCCUGGUCCUGACCGUCAUGUCGGUCCUGGUCCGGGCCCUGAAGAAGGACUUUGAGCGGUACAACAGGCUCGACCAGAUCAACCUCGACGACCUCUCGGGCACGUCGGCCUUGGAGGAUGGCGUGCAGGAGGACUCUGGGUGGAAGCUGGUGCACGGCGACGUGUUCCGCACGCCCUCGCACCCGCUGCUCCUCUCCAUCUUCCUCGGAAACGGCGCCCAGUUGUUCGUCAUGACGGGCUUCACCAUCGUCUUCGCUCUGCUCGGCUUCCUAUCGCCGUCGAACCGCGGCUCGCUGGGCACCAUCAUGGUGCUGCUUUACACCAUCCUCGGCUUCGUGGGCGGCUACGCCUCGGCGCGCGUGUACAAGUCGAUGCAGGGCGAGAAGUGGAAGCUGAAUAUUGCGCUGACUCCGGUGCUCGUGCCCGGCAUCGUCUUCGGCACCUUCUUCCUGCUCGACCUGUUCCUCUGGGCCGAGGGCUCCUCGGGGGCCGUGCCCUUCACGACGAUGCUGGUCAUCAUCCUAAUCUGGUUCGUCUUCUCGGUGCCACUGUCGUUUGCGGGUUCGUGGCUGGGCUUCCGCGCGCCGGCCAUCGAGCCGCCCGUGCGCACCAACCAGAUCCCGCGCCAGAUCCCGCCCACGACGACGUACCUCAAGCCCAUCCCGAGCAUGCUGCUGGUGGGCUUGCUGCCGUUUGGCGCCAUCUUUGUCGAGCUCUACUUCAUCAUGGGCUCCAUCUGGUUCAGCAUGAUCUACUACAUGUUCGGCUUCCUCUUCCUCUGCUACGCCCUCAUGGUGCUCACGUGCGCUGCUGUGACUGUGCUUAUGGUCUACUUUUUGCUCUGCGCCGAGAACUACAACUGGCAGUGGCGCGCCUUCCUGGCCGCCGGCACCAGCGCCCUCUACGUCUUUCUGAACGCCAUCAUCUACUGGGUCAGCCGCCUCUCACUAGGCGGCGUGCCCGGCAGUGUCCUGUACCUGGGCUACAGCUUGCUGAUCUCGUUCCUCUUCUUUAUCUUGACAGGGUCUAUCGGCUACUUCUCUAGCUGGUGGUUUGUGCGUAAGAUUUACUCGUCUAUCAAGAUUGACUAG